GUCCCUGGCUCACUGCAGGCCGCCCGGGCACUGCCACCGCCCACCCAUCGUCUUGGUGGCACUCACGAGGCAUCCAGCCAGUGUGCCAGUAGUGGUCGCAGAGGUGACGGCCAGCUGACGCUCAUCACCGCAGCUGAGCGUGUGGCGGCCGUGUGUGGUUCACUUCUCCGCCAGCUCUCCAGCUCACUGCCUGCCUCCCUGGCACUCCUCCUUGUGUCCUAAACGGCCCGAUAGGAGAGAGUUGGGUGCGCUCUUGUGUGGUCAGGACAAAGAGGCCUAGAGUUGAGACUGUGUGUGGGUGACUGGUAGCAGGGAAGUAGACCACACCCGGCGUGGCGGCUGCUGUGGGAAGUGCUACAUCCUACCGCGAGUAUUGGAGGCGUCAUAAUAGACAACUAUACAUUACUCCGGAAGCGUCAUACUAGACAAGUGCUGGGCAACAUGUGCAUUAUAUUAGUUGUCAGUAAUUAGGUCUAUAAGAUAUUCAUAUUCGUAAGUGCAGUUCAUGAAAGUCUUUGCCGUAAACUGUGAUAUUAUUGUAUAUUAGUGGCGAGUGUACUGGAACGAAGAGAGUAAUACUAAGCUAGAGGAGCGUGACACAGUGUGAUAGUGUGACAAGCUGAGGCGACUCAGCACACUGGGAGUGUCGGUCACUCAUCUCAUGGGAGUGUUUCCAUCCAGACUCUGAAACCAGAACCUCAACAGCCUGUGAAAGAGACCCACUUCUUGUUGGGGAAAGUUCUCAUAUGUCGGCCGCUUGUUGACAGUCCCGCAGUUGAGUUGACCAGUGAUCCGCACGAGCCAAACACUUGUGGUGUAUUGGUAGAGGAGUGGUGAAGUGAUCUGGGCGUAGUGAAACGAUAGUGUAGUGCACGAGGUGUAGUAUGGAGCCUGGCGUUGGUCAGGGUGCGGGAAGUGGCGAGGAUGUUUAAGUGUGAGGGUUGAGGCAGGAGCCCGUCGUGACCACCAGCUGCUUCACUCACCAUCAAGCAACAAUGGACAUUCUGUGGACCUACAUGGUGUCGUGGGCGGACCGCAUCAUGGCUCCGCCACCGCUGAGACACUUCGCCUCCACGUCGGCCAUGUCCUCGCGUCAUGUGACUGAGGACACGCCAGCCGACCUACUGGAGGGCACCAUGGACCUCACCGUCAUCCUCCCCAUCGGCCACAGGGUCAAUAUGGCCGUACACAGAAGCACACCCAUGAUGGACCUGUUGAUUCAGGUGACCACCGCCCACAAAAUCAACCCUGGUGGCCACGUCAUUAAUGUAGUGUCCGACAACCGCCUUUUGUCCUACAAGCCUUCCACGCCUAUAGGGACUUUGGACACCAGCGUCAUCCAGAUCGUAGCCAAGAACAAGGUGAACGAGGAAGCGAGGAAGAGGCGGGCGCAUCUCGUAACACAGGCCAUCGAGAGGAACAUCAGACUCAAGCCUGAGGAGUACGUCUUCAGACAGCAGCUCGUGGUGAACCUGCCUCAUAAUCAGCUGACUGUGUUGCGUGUGCCCACCAAGACACUGAUCUCCGACGUGCUCUCUAUGGUCUGUAAGGAGAAGAGUAUCGACCCGGACACCCAUGAGAUACGACACCCAGUGAACGUGGACGAGAAGCUGCGGGGGUCGUGUACUCUGGCGGAUUACCAACUGCAGGAGGUUAGUGUCGUGCCCCGCAACUACCGCGCCCCGCCACUCUCCGUCACCGACAUCUUCACCAUGUCCGCCAUCUCUCAGCCUCAAGACACCAAGAGACGGGGGCUGCUCUCACUCUUCAACAGGAAGGCAAAAUCCGGAUUGCACCAGCCCUUCCUCACUCUCCGCCAUCGCUUCCGUCGGGCGUGGCCGCGAGGAUACCUGGGCGCUGGCGACUACCCAAGCUGCGUCUGCCCCGGCCUUGGCCUUUCAACAGGUGACAGUAGUGUGUCGUCGGGCAGUGCUGGAGAGCGGAGUAUCAGCCCUGCCCGCUCUGAUGAGUCGGCUGACAGCCGCCCUACCCUGCGCCCGCUGUCUCACGCUUCUUCCUCCGCUACCCUUACUUCCACCCAGCCCCAGCUCUCCCGCCCGACCUCUUCCCUCAACUUGGCUAAAACCAGAAAGAGGCAGGCGCCCGCCCCGCCACCCCCGCCCUCAGCACCCACGCCCGCACCACACACCAAUGGCAAGGUGGAGAGUGAGCGUGGUGAGGGCGGGGGUAGCAGCCUCUCACGCCGCAGUUCUGACUCCUCGGGUUAUCACGAGGCCGACCAGCGCUCGCCCUACACAAGCCCAACAAGUUCGGAGAUAAGUAGUGCAGAGGCUGUGCGUGCUGCUCAAGUCCCACAGGCUACCAAUCUUACUUCAGUGGUCUCUACGUCCAGCCUCUCAUUAUCUUCCUCACGGGGUAAACGGAGAGCACCCCCUCCUCCUAAGCCACCUCCCAUGCGACAGGAUGAUUCAAAUCGACCGUCAGCCAUUCCAGAAGAAUCAGAAUCCCCAGUACCUACCAAGUCUUCUGUGGAAGAUGUCACAAAGUCUACUGCAGAAGAUCCCACAAAGUGUCCUAUAGAAGAAACCACAAAGUCUCCUGCAGAAGAUCCCAUAGAAUCUCCUGCAGAAGAUCCUAUAAAAUCUCCUGCAGAAGAUCCCAAAAAAUCUCCUGCAGAAGAUCCCAAAAAAUCUCCUGCAGAAGAUCCCAUAAAAUCUCCUGCAGAAGUUAGCACACCUUUGGUGAAUGGGGAAGCACACCAUGAACCUCCCCAACAACAACAGCCAUCUUCCCCAACUUCCUCCCAUAUAAGCUCAGUGUCCUCACUGAGUAGUGUAGAACAACAACAAGCCAAUAACCCUCUCCUACCUCCCCCGCCAGAUGUAGAGUCCCCCCCACCGCCAUCCUCAGCCUCAGAAUGCACUAACCUUGGCGCAACCUUCUCCAAUAGUCCUCCCCUUCCUUACACCAUUCCUUCCUCGUCCAAUAUGCAACCUCCACAUCAAAGUUUCCCUACCACCAACAAACCUCCUUCACCCACCGCCGCACGUACUACUGUUGCUGCUGGAGUCACCUUGGGAAUGCAUCAUGAAGCAGCAACAGCAACUAGUCUAAGCCACAGCACAAACAGCAGCAAAAUGAACAGCAGAGCAAGUGGCAUCAUCUCUCCUGACAGGUUAGCUGAGUCUGAGGGUCUCCAGCGCCACCACCACCAGGACUACCAAAUUCAAGAUCAGGACAAGCGUCAUCAUUCCUCACAAGAACUUCCUUCUGCAUCUACUGUGCUUAACCAGAAGAGGCAGAAACUCUCCACAGAAGGUGUUCAAGAAGGAAAUAACUUGCCUGUUAUGCAGAGUAGAAAAAAUCAAGAACGUAGUCUUAAUUUUCCCAGUGAUGGUGUUAGUGCCAAAAAUAUUCCUAAUCUUGAUGAUGCCAUAGUGCCACAGAAUGUUGGUAUGGAGGGCAUACCAGAUAUCCCUACAUUUAGAAUUGUCACUAAGUCACACACAGCUGUUCAUAAGGAUGAUGUCAGUAAGAAAUUUAUAGCAGAUGGAAAAACUCAGAAAGUCAGUGAAGAAGAAAAGUAUGGCAGUAAGGGUAGAUCAGCAACCAAGUCCAAAACAAACCCCCUGGCAAGAGGUAAAGGACUUGUGAGGCAAGAUAAUAUUGUAUUUGAAAAUGAUGAUUUUGAAUUUAAUGAAGAUAUGUUUGAACCCAGGAAUGUUUCUGAUAACACAGCAGUUGGCCAAAGUAGACAAGUUAGCACUCAUCUUACAUCAAUACCAGUUAAAAGGGGUGCCCCCCUACCUACUCCAAGAAAAAAUGCUCCUGUUGCACCAACUUACACAGCAUCAGGAAGUAAAUUUGCAGUCAGUACCACAGAUCACAGUAUUCCAUUGAUAUCAUCAAGAACCACAACUGGUGAAGGAAACCAAAACAACAGAACUGGGGGUUUCUCACAUGAAGAAAAGGUUGUAUGGAAAGUAGAUAUUCAACCAAAGCCUACACCAAGAACUCAACCCCAGCAGAAAAAAAUGGCCCCUACCCCUCCAGUAGUUGUGCAACGAGCAAAGAACUUGACUCCUGUUAAAGAAACAAUGCCUCACAAUGAAAAAUUACAGGGCUCUCAAGAUAAUUCCCUAAAUGACACUUUAAAUAUGGGAUACUAUAAUGAUAACAUCACAAGUUGUGAUUCCUCUCGGAUUUCUCAUCUUUCUCAAGUUGAAGAAUUUGAAGGAAAAGCUCAAGAGCCUCCAGAUGAGGAGUUUAAAGUUCAUGUAUCCAAACUGUCCAAAGGAGAUGCUGAUGUUUUGUCUUUAUUAUCUGAGGAAGAAGUUGAUACCCCAUCUGUUUCCUCAAAGUGUCAGUCACGUACUUCUAGUGUUGUAUCCAAGAUGAGUGAUUCAUCUCAGGAAUAUGACCGUGUCUCAACUCUCCCAGUUCAGAAUGACAAUACUUUAAAUGCACGAAGUUCAUCUUCUACUUCCUCGCACAACUCUUCUACUACAACUCCCCUUGUUCCUCCCAUUGCUGCUCUUCCUGCACAAACAGCAGCAAGCAGUUAUCGAGCUGGAUACUUGGCAAUGAUGGCAGAACUUAAAAACUGGAAAGAUGCAGAUUCUCUUCAUAAUGUAGGGUUGGAAUCAUCAGAUUCGGAUAGUGAUAGCCCACAUGAUUCACUUCAAGAACUUCCAAAAGUGAUGGGAUCUCCUCAGGGAACUUCUGAAGGAGUUCUUCGUGGAUCUCCUUUACGACCUCGACUUGCCUCCAGCUCUUCUCUGUGCUCAGAUACAGAUCAUGAGGUACAAACUCGCACUGCUAGCUUUUCCUCCGAGACAAGUGAGGAAAAUGUUGACAAUGCUCGAGUGAAGUCAGAUAAAACCCCUGCUGAAGAAAACUUGCUUCAAAAUAAACUAAUAGGACUAAAUUUUGUAAGAGAAACUAAUAUUGUCAAUCAACAAAAUAUUGCUGAUAACGAAAGCAUUAGCAGCAGAAGCAAAACUGGUAGCAUAAAUAGUGUCGAGGACAAUUUUAGAAGUGAUGUCCAACAAAAGAAGAUUCCCAUUUCUACUAGAAAGUUGGAAGUUAUCAAUGAUUUGGAGGCUCCCUUGCUCAAGAAAGAAGUCAUAAACAAAAGUGUAAUCUCCAAACCACAAGAAAAAUCUAGUGAAAAUGGCAGUGAAGUUCUCAAAGACUUCGACAUACAGUCGGUUUCCUCAUUGUCCAUCACUGACUCUGAAGGAGACGACAGGGGAAAGACACUACAAAACACGCCAGAAGAAAAUAAAGUCUUUGAGGAGGUAAAAACAGAGAUACUUGAAUUGCCAUUAUCCUCUGUUAGAUUCCCAGCAGUUGAGGGAACCAUCCAAAAGAGUUCUGAUGCUGCUUCACAGGACCUUAGCAAUGACAAGCUCACCACGACUAAUUUAGGGAACAGAAAAUCCUCGGUGUCAUCAGCAUCAUCUGCUUCAUCAAACAACUCUUUUGUCAAGACCAACCACAAUGAGCUGACUGCCCAAGUAUCCCAGGAGGUAACCAAGAAGAAGAUAGAAAUUCAUCUUGAAGCUGCAUUUGCAGAGUUGAAAGAUGAGAGUAAAUCUUCGCUGUUUUCAUCGGAGGAAUCUACAGUGCAUUCAGCAGUGAAAAAGACUGACCAAUUACCCGAGUGUAAUUCUGGUAACACCUGGGGUUACAAACUCCCAGAUCCCCCUACACCUUUUAAAGAUGGCCCUUCAUCAAAAGUGACUGAUGAGUCUUCAAGUAUAUCUUCAGAGACUGUGCCUGAGAUACUCUCUGAUGUGCCAUCUGGUUUUAAGGAUUCUCCAUGUAGUUCAAUUUCAGAAUCUAGACCAAUAGAUAUAAUAGAAAAGACAGAAUCUAUGAAGGAAAGAAAAGUGACUAAGGAAACUUGCGAUUCUGUAAGUAAUAUAUCCAGCAGAAAGAGUUCUUCAUCCAGCCACUCUUCCACAUCAUAUAAAUUUGAAGACAAAGCAAAGCAAAAUGUCAUAAAUGAAUUAAAAUCUGCAAUAAAAGAAACAAACAACAAUGAACCAAGAAUUGUAGAGCUGAAACCUAAGACCAGGAACUUGGAGACAAUUGUAUAUAUGCCUAAAGCACAUGUUAAGGAAAUGACCCCAUCUACCACCAAAUUGCAAACAAAGGAUAAUGUUACAAAAGCAGAGACAUUUUCAGUCAGGGCUAAUAUCCCAGUUCAGCAUUCCUACAUCCCUCGAGUUGUUGCUAAGGUUCCUAUAGAUAAUAAGGAAUUCCAUGGCCCAAUUUUGUCCAAUGUGGUAAAUAAAACAAGUAGAGACUCUAUAUCGAGUUAUGAAAGUUGUAAUAGUCCAGAGCCAGAUGCUGUUCUUGAUCGUACGAGAUCAGGCUCAAACACCAGCUAUGAGAGUGCUCCACCACCGAUACCAGACGCACCAAUACCAACUGAUUCAGAUGUGGAGGUGCGAUCAUCACGGUCAUCAUCAGACGUGAGUGAUGGUAACAGCAGAACCAUGCAGACUAGUUUGGCUCACCAAAAUUCAGACAGUGGUAAUGAAAGAAGUAAGAAUCGAGCACGUGUCAUGAAUUUUUCAAUUUCUACAUACACAUCGAGAUCAGAGGAAACUAGUUAUGACAAGAAGAUCAUUAAGUCAGAAUCAUUUAAUCACCAGCUUAGACCAAAGAUGGGUCAGUUGUCAACAACUGACUCAUUCUCUACACAGUCUAACCCUGAUCAACUCAAAGAAGAUAAAAAGGAGCCAGUCAUAUGCAGUGAAACAUCUGUGGCCUCCAGUGACUUGGAAAAGCCUUCUCUUCCCAAGAAACCACAAAUCAGUGAAUUUUCCUCAGCACCUGUGAAAUAUUCCCCAUUCCUUUUGAAGCAGGCACAGUCUGCUAAGCCUGCUGUGCCACCAAAUAAACCCACACUCUUUGGGAUGCAUUCAGAAACCAACCUCAACGUGAAUCAACCAGUUGUUCGGGUCAAUAGCUUGAAUGAUCGACCUUCCAUGUAUCGCAAUACCAGCAAUGAAGGCCAUUUUGUCGUCCCAGAUCCUCCACGUCCACUACUCAGGCUUAAGCGAGUUGACAGUCAGGAACAGCUUGAACGUACUACCUCUCUUGUCAACCUUGCAACCCCCAACUAUGAACUCAGAAAAGCUCAGUCUUCAUAUGAUAUUUCAUAUGGGAGCGGCGGCAAUGAUAACGGAGGUAGCAGUGGCAUGCCGGGAAUGCUUGGGAUGCCUGGGAUGCUGGGGAUGCAGAGUGGAGGCAUGAUGCCCCACGAUGCACGGCUGGCAGAUGAAUUUAUGAAGCUACAGCAGGACUUCUUUAAGUGGCAACAGCAGCUACUACAGAACCAGCAUGUCCUACAUAGCCGCGUGGCGCCCCUCGCCUCCAACCCACCACAGCUGCAGAGUGUUGGGGUUUUGCGUGAUAUAAUGGCCCAGUCACCGUCUAGUUACAACGGUGGUCCUGAAUUGGUUGAGGCACGCAAUCCUAUCAUAGAGAGAAAGGGCCCAGUGGAGAGAGUUAUUAAUAUACAAUUUGAAGAUGGCCCAAGAGAGACAUCUGAUUCUCAAAUACGCACAAACUCCAUACCUCGCCUAAAUCAGGGUAUGCAAGAUGUCACCACAGGCAUGGGCCAGCUCUCUGCCAAUGACUUUGGAAGGACCAAUAAUACACAACCAAGAAGGUGGGGUGAGGAGCCCAGCGUAAGUGUUGGGGCAUGGAUGGAACGGCCAUCUCAGCCUGUAGGAGUUUACCAAGACCGUGACUAUGUUACCUCAGCACCGCGCUCCCAGUCUACUCAGGAUCUCUCUUCUCCACCUGUACCAGAAGAACGUCAAAGGACUCCUCCUCGCACCACUUUUGUAGGACCCAGGGGUUACUCUCGGCCAACAGAACCUGUCAAGCCCGAGUCAAGAUCUUGCCAGUGGCCUUCACCUCAGCAGCAGCAGCCCCAGUUUACUCAGCCACAACAAUAUCAGUCCCUCACACCAGAUCAACAACAACAGUUUGCUCAAUUUAUGCAGCAGCAACCACCACAGCCACAGCAGCAACCACAACAGUGGCAGCAACAGCAGCAGCAACAACCACAGCAACAGUGGCAGCAACAGCCAAUACAACAGCUGCAACAACAACCACAGCAACAGUGGCAGCAACAACCACUACAACAGCAGCAGCAUCAGCCACAGCAGCUGUGGCAACCACCAUCACAACAACAGCAGCAGCAGCAACACCCACAACAACCAUGGCAACAAACACAGCAGCCACAACAACAACUACCAAAGCCUCAAUUUGUACAACCUCAGCCACAGCAACCAGACAAAAAAGCCUUUUGGCAGGAGCUAGAAGGGAAGCGGCAAGAAAUGGGUGUUACUAAUGAGCAUGAAGUGUCAGAACCUACUCGGCCUCCCAGACGAAAUUCCCGUCAAGAUUCUCCUCCACAGGAAACUGAGGCAACAAAACCUUUAACAUACUUUGGUCAGCAGGCACUUCCUCAAGAGCCUCCACCAACCUACUAUUAUAAUGGGGAUGGCAACUCAGCUCCGUCGAAGGUAGUCAACAGUACUACAGUAACAAGGCCAAAGGAACUGGAAACUGAAGUAGGAGGACCACGCUAUACUUCUGUGGUUACUCUCUCCUCAGACAAGAAUGACCAACCAAGUGGGGCACCUACACCAAAGGACAAAGUAAAAUCAGUGGUUCAGCUCAACAACAGUGAUCAACGAGGACAGCCCCGAACAGCUCCAGUUGUGCGUGGAUUCAGACAACCAGGGGAGGAACCACUCAACCAAGGAGGUAGCACCCAUAGUAGAAUCAUAUCAAAUGCACUGAGGAAUGCUCAGCCAUCACAACCCCAGCCUCGCUCAUCUGUCUCUCCUCCUGCUGUAAAUGGCACUGUGCCAACUGCCCUGUCAGCUCAGGUACCCGAGGCACCUACUGCUUCAAGGCUAGUUGCUGCUGUAUCACAAUCGGCUCCAAAAGCCCCCUCGCCAUCUGCUAUUUCCCGUAUCUCACCACCUCGUACAUCACCAUCUCGUGUUUCACCCCCUCGUACCUCACCCGCUCGUGUCUCACCUGCUCGCACCCCACCCUCACGUAUCAGUCCACCUUCUGGGCCAGCGUUCCCCAAUGUUCAGCUUCGCCCAGUGCCAGCUGGAUUGAGGGCUUCAACACCCCCUGAAUCAUCUAACACCACUCCUCCACAACCACCUCCACUUGCUCCAGUUCCCCCACCAGUUCCAGCAAAUCAAAUGGGUAAUGCUCCCCCACCACCACCACCUCCAGCUCCCCCUAUGGCCCCACCACCACCACCAGCUCCUAAAGUAAAUGAUGGCGAAAGGCGCACUUCAUCUGGAAAGCGAAUUGUUUCAUCAAAGGGUGGACCUGAGUUGGAUGCUCGAGAGGAACUCAUGAUGGCCAUUAAGAAUCACGGAGGCUUAAAAUCACUUCGGAGGUCCCAUAACUAAGUACCUUAUGGUAAUUAUUAGUACUCAUAAUAUACAGCGAAAGGAUUGUGGCAAAUAUUACCAUAUACAAUUCAUGUUUGAUAAUAUAUAAAUAUUGAAGUAAAAGCUUACAUAUUUGUUAAUAUAUUGGAAAAUGUGGUAGGCAGUAUUUUGGGUACCUUGAGUACAGCACAGUACUUCAAAUUUGAUGUGCUAUACAGUAUAUUGAUUUAAAAGGUAACUUUUACCUUUUUGAAUGGAUUUCUGGUAUAUUCUCCAUAUUGGACUUUGUAACUAUGUAUUUUGUUGUUGUUUCUGUAGUGCCUUACUCCACUGAAGCUCCAGUCACAAGCAGAGCUAUGUAUAGUCUUGUACAGUAUAUAUUAUCAUUCUGUAGAUAUUUUGAGGAUAUUUUAAUUAUAUAUCCUAUUAACUGUCAUGUGGAAAACAAAUGUUGGACUCACCCAUCUCGAGAAAUUUCUUCAAAUUAGCACUUGAAAUAAUGUUUCAGUUAACACUUGUGCUGAUACUCAGUUCUAUUAUUGGUGCUACCAUGUGUAGAUUUUUCAUACAGUACUUUGUUACAACAAAUAUAUAGAGGAGACUGUUAGUUUAAUGAAAUUUGAUAAUCAUGACCUUGGAACAUAACUAAUUAUGGUCAAGUUUUCAUGUGUGUAUAACCAUUUUGAUUAUUGCUAUUUUUAAGUAUUUCAGUUAAGGAUACAUGUUUCUUCCAUAUAAGUAUUAGAGCAGUAUUCUGAAAUGUAUAGCGAUCUUCAAAAUCUGUCAUUCAUAGCUUUCUUCCUACAGCACUGAGUGAAUAAAUCUGUUUUUAUAAACCAAAUUUUUGAUGCUAUCUUGUAAAGAUAUAGAACAGGGCUGUUCUCAAUUUGAUAAAUAUACAGUAUGUUUUGGUUACUAGAUAUAGUAAUAAUGGAAUUGUUACGCUUUGCAUUUUUAUUCAGUUCUGUGUUAAAACUUCAGUAAAUAAUUUUCUGUUGCUGUGUACAUAAUGUAGAAGUAUAUUUUCUCCAAUAAAUCUUAUUGGAAU